AUCAGGAGCCACUCUUCGGGCUCCCCCUGGGCACCCCUGCAAUGUAAUGACGAGAGGGUUACAAAAGCCUUUCUAUUCAGCACAGGACCACGAGUGGCAGACGGGACAGUUUCUGCCGUGGUUUUGGAAAGUUACGGUUCUUUUCCCUUCCAGAAAUGGGGGAGUUUAAGGUUCAUUGCGUGCGGUUCUUUGACUACGUCCCAUCCGGUGUGCGCUCCAUUUCAUACACGCGAAAGACGGACAGGCUGGCCUUGGCUCGCAAUGAUAGUUCUGUGGAGGUGUAUAACAUAUCUGCUAAUUACUACCUGGAAAAGGUGAUCCCUGGAGAUGAAAAGAGAUGCACGGAAGCAAUAUGCUGGGCAGCAGAGGAUCGGCUUUUCACAGCUGGUCUUAGUGGACAGAUUAUAGAAUAUGACCUGGAAAAGUUGUGCGUGAAAUACACAUUAGAUGCAUUUGGAGGUCCCAUCUGGAGUAUCGCGGCUAAUGCAAGCGGCUCACAUCUCGCGGUUUGCUGUGAGGAUGGCUCUGUCAAACUGUUUGCUGUUACCCCUGACCGUAUAACAUUCGAAAGGAACUUGGAUCGCCAGAAAGGUCGGAUCCUCUGCCUCGCUUGGCAUCCUUCUGAUUCUCACAUAGUCACUGGUUCUGCUAACGUAAUUCGAGUGUUCAGCGUUUCAUCAGGUCAUCUAGUGCAUAUGCUCAGACUUGACCGCAGAGUGCAGGGUGUCCGAAAUGCCGAAUGCUUGGUAUGGAGUGUGGCCAUGUUGUCCAGCGGAGAUAUUAUUAGUGUGGAUUCCUGCGGGAAGCUGCAAUUCUGGGAUAUGGUGACAGGCACGCUGAUGCGCACACACAAUGUUGCCUACUGUGACAUCUUCUGUCUUGCUGUGUCACAGAUGGAGGACAGCUUGGUGGUAGGGACUUCUGAAGGGGUCAUCUUCCAGUUUCAGUUGCUUGAAAAAAAGACUGGUGAGAAGGAACGUCAGUGGGUCUGCACCAAACCGUUCCGCUAUCACACGCAUGAUGUCAGAGCAGUGGCGCACAGCAGCACAGCGCUCAUAUCUGGAGGUGCAGAUGGCCAGCUGGUAUCCCGUCCUCUGAUGGAGAGGAUAGAAACAAAAUCCUAUGAGGCUGCCCUGCGUAAAAUUGCAUAUCCUCAUCGUCACUUGGUUUCUUGUGCACGUGCUGCCCGAAUGCUUCUGUUCCAGUUCCCAGAACACCUUGAGUUAUGGAGACUGGGGAAAAGUGAGGAUUCAGGAAGAGAUGGCGACCUACUCACUGUGGCCAAGAAACACGAGCUUCUUCUGCAGCUUAAAAGAAAGGGCUCCGAGAGUAUCCGUUGCAGUCGUGUCUCCCACUGUGGCUCUUGGAUUUCCUAUGCUACAUCUUCCCGUCUUUACCUGCACCGGCUUCAUUAUGAGAACGACAGUCUAAGCAUUAGUCGAGUUCCUAAAGUCCCCCAGUUCCCCUCUGGGGCUCUACAAAUUCUCUUUUCGCAAGAUUCUUCCCAACUUUAUGUGGGAUCAGAAGAGGGCCGUGUGCAUGUUCUGGAGCUUUCAGAAGACAACUGCAAACACAGUCAUACAUUUGAGCCCCCAUCAGGUUCUACCAAUCCUGUACAUCUAAUGGCUGCAAGCAGCGAUGGAUUUCUUCUAGCCGUGGCUUCAACAAAUGCUCAGAUUGAGGUCUACAAUGUAAAGGAGUUAAAGUAUGAGUGCUCGGUUCCUCAGUACAGUUCUCCUCCAACUGCAAUUGCAAUCCACCCGUCCACCAAUGACCUGGUAAUUGCCCACGCUGACCAACAAGUGCUGGAGUUCAGUGCUGCUCAGAGAGGGUACACAGAAUGGAGCCGGAGGUUGCUGAGACAUGGCCUGCAUCGCGACUGGCUUGAGCGAGACACCCCAAUCACUGGCAUUUCCUUUAAUCCCUCAAAACCGCAACACAUCUUAAUGCAUGACACGUACAUGGUUUGUGUCUUGGACAAGUCCCUGCCACUACCAGACGAUAAGACUAUUCUACUAAACCAAAAGGCUCUGAAGAAUAUGUCUGUGAACGCACGGAAGAGUCAAGCACAUGCCUUUAAAAUCACCAAACAAUAUCAGCCUCUGCUUUUCAUGGACUUGUUGGACGACGGGGAGCUGGUGUUGGUGGAGAGGCCGCUAAGUGACAUUCAAGCCCAGCUUCCGCCUCCCAUCAAGCAGAAGAAGUUUGGAACUUAAUCGUAUUUAUGUAUACUUUUCGUCAGACCUCAUGUAGAACUAAGACUUACGGGUGUUGCUUGCAUCCUUAAGUCGGUGUUGCCUAUGCAGCUGUGGACUUCUCUUUGCGAGAAAAGACUUGAAUACAGGUCAUAAUGACCAAUGGCGCAGAAAGUGAACGAGGAAAGUUAUAAGAUGGUUCUGUUGCUAAAAUUCCUGAUCGGCUCUGUUAAAAAGCUGGAUUGUAACCAGGCAAUCGGCCAAAUUUCUGAUGCUAACAGUAUAAAGAUUGUUUAAAUCUCGAA